AUUUAGAUCAUCUUGUGGUGAUGGUAUCAUAUACACCAUGCUUAUACCACAGAGUACCAUUUACAAAUAUCUCAAUGAAAUAUAAAAUAAAUCUUGUUUUAUAUUUUUCAGUUUUGUAUGGCUUUGGGUAUGGCACUUUUACAUUGGAAAGCAAAACUCCAUCUGACUUUAUAUGUAAAAUCUGCAAUAAGCAGUCGAGUAACAAAAGCAACUAUACUUAUCACAUGAGGACCCAUACUGGCGAGAAACCGUUUGAGUGUGAGAUUUGCAAGAAACGUUAUCGGCAAGCAGCUCACUUGAGAGGACAUCUAUUAAAGCAUGCUAGACCUAAUGAUAAUUAAAGGU